CUGGCCUGUCCUGGUCUUUCAUCUCUGCUGCGGCCUGCCGUGCUCUCCCAGUCUCGUCUCAGUCCGAGUCUCCAUCCCCGGCAUGCGACAUUAAACCCCCCGGUUACCGCUCAAGAACACUGGCUGGCUUUUGACUGGCCAACUCACACCAGUCUCUCUGCAUCGCGAUCCAAGAAGCACCCAAAGAGUGGGAAUUCUCAGUGUCGACAGCGGUCUGGAAUCUCGAGGAUCGCGAUGACGGCCCACGACCGGCGCAGCGCUAAGACCAAACUCCGCUAG